AUGUCCGAGGACUGCCUGUACCUCAGUAUCUACACACCUGCCCAUGCCCAUCAGGGCUCUAACCUGCCUGUGAUGGUGUGGAUCCAUGGUGGGGCGCUUGUUGUGGGCUCAGCUUCGAUGUAUGAUGGUUCUGUGCUGGCAGCCUUUGAGGAUGUGGUGGUGGUCACGAUCCAGUACCGCCUGGGUGUCCUGGGCUUCUUCAGCACUGGAGACAAGCACGCAACCGGGAACUGGGGCUACCUGGACCAAGUGGCUGCACUACGCUGGGUCCAGCAGAAUAUCGCCCACUUUGGAGGCAACCCUGACCGUGUCACCAUUUUUGGAGAGUCUGCAGGCGGCACAAGCGUGUCUUCACAUGUCAUAUCCCCCAUGUCCCGAGGGCUCUUCCACGGUGCCAUCAUGGAGAGUGGUGUGGCUCUGCUGCCUGACCUCAUCACUGGCUCAUCUGAUGCAGUGUCCACGGUGAGUAUGGUGGCCAACCUUUCUGCCUGUGACCAGGUGGACUCCGAGGCCCUGGUGCGCUGCCUGCGGGGCAAGAGUGAAGAGGAGAUUCUGGCCAUUAACAGGCCCUUCAAGAUAAUCCCUGGUGUGGUGGAUGGGGCCUUCCUGCCCAGGCACCCUCUGGAGCUGCUGGCCUCGGACAACUUUCGACCUGUCCCCAGCAUCAUUGGUGUCAACAACGACGAAUGGGGCUGGGUCAUUCCCAUGUUCAUGGGCCUCUUUGACACCCAGAAGGAAGUGGACAGAGAAUCCAUGCAGGCUCUUGUGCAGAAAACUUCAGCAGAGAUGAUGUUGCCUCCUGAGACUGGUGACCUGUUGAUGGAGGAGUACAUGGGGGACAAUGAGGACCCCCAGACCCUCCAAGCCCAGUUCCGGGAGAUGAUGGGGGAUGCCAUGUUCGUGAUCCCUGCACUCCGAGUAGCACAUUUUCAGUGUGAGUUCCCAUGCCCCGUCUACUUCUAUGAGUUCCAGCAUCGUCCCUCCUGCUUCAAGGACAUCAAGCCACCCCACGUGAAGGCCGACCAUGGCGAUGAGGUUCUCUUUGUCUUCAGAAGCUCCUUCUGGGGCAGCCACAUCAAACUCACUGAGGAGGAGGCGCUGCUGAGCAGGAGGGUGAUGAAGUACUGGGCCAACUUUGCUCGAAAUGGGAACCCCAACGGCGAGGGUCUGCCCCACUGGCCCGUGUUUGACCAGGAGGAGCGAUACCUGCAGCUGAAUAUACAGCCUGCAGUGGGCCAGGCCCUGAGGGCCCGCAGGUUCCAGUUCUGGACAAAGACCAUACCCCAGAAGAUCCAGGAGCUAAUGGAGGCUGAGAAGAAGCACAUGGAACUGUAACCCCCUGUGUCGGGGGGUGAGGGGUGGGCGUGAGUGCAGGGGGAUCUGCCUGAUGUGCCCAGACCCCCCCCCCACUGAAUAGCCAUGGUUGAUUCGUUCUUACAUACAGCCCUCCGUUCAUUCUACCAUCCGUCCAUUCAGGAAGUUUAUUAAACACCUACUGUAAGAUGUUUAGUUAUCAAGCCCGCCGUGAGUCCUUUCUUGUCAGACACAUUCAAUAAGUUCCCACUCAAAGCUGUG